CUUUCAUCGAUUCUUGUUUUCAUACUUGUUUUCACAUAAAAAAAAUAAAAAAAAAUAAAAAUAUGAAACAUGAGGAUAUCCCUAUAAUCACUGUAUCUACUAAUGAAGGUGGAGAUACGGAGAGCAUUUCAUCGAACCAUCCUUUAACGACUGAAGACCCUGUGCUUGACAAUCUUGAAUUAAUAGAAGAAAUCAAAGAUAUGAAUGCAGUCAACCCUGAUGAUAAACAAGUACCACAUGCUAUUAUUGUUGACAAAAAAGAUCCUAAUAAAUUAGACAACAGUUGUUUGGAUGAGCAACAAGUACAUAUCCAGCCGGAAGAAAAAACGAUAGAAAAAGAGGAUAUGAAAGCGAGAGAAAUUGAAAGGACUAAGGAAGAUGGAGACGGGCAACCCGAUAUUGUAACGAAAGCAUUACAACAACAACAUUUAAAACCAUCUCUCUCACCUAAACCAGCUGGUAUGAGCCUACCGCAGCAUGCACCAGCUACUACUGUUACAACCACAACCAUCGUAACGGGUGCAUUAGAUAUUACAUCGCCUAUUCAUAGUCCAACAGAUGAUAAGAAUAAUGUGGACCCAAUACAACAAGAAGAUAAGAAGCACGGUGAUGGGGACGAUGAUGAAGAAGACGAUGAUAUGGACGAUGAGCUACAUCGUAUCACUGAACUAAACCGACAUAUUUCAGUCAAUACAACAAAUUCGUUAUCCAAAGGAGAUCAAAAUACUAAAACGACCCGGCGAAAAUCCUUACGUAGUCAAAGCCCCACUAAACGUCGUCAAUUACUUGUCUUUGCUGACAAACCGAACGUUAUAAAGAAACCCGACCGCAUCAUUAUACACAACCAUUAUGGAGCAGGCCCUACUGGAACAUUAGAAGAAGAUUUGAGACCUAUGCGUCGCAGACGAUCUUAUAUGGUAGCAUGUGAUUUUAGCGACGAAAGUUUUCAUGCAAUAGAGUGGACGAUGGGUACAAUAAUGAGGGACGGUGAUAGACUACACGUUGUCACUGUGGUGAACCGGGAAGACAAUCCUGAAGUUGUGAAGGAAGCAGGUUUAUCAUUGUCAAAAGAGUUAACGAAGGCUUCGGAAAUAGUGACUGAAGAAGCUAAGAAGACAUUAGGGCAAAUGCUAUUGUUCGAUAUUGAACUGGUUACACAUGCUAUUUGCGGUAGAGUGAAAGAUGUUUUAUUAAAUGUUAUUAACAGUAUCAGCUUAACUAUGGUCGUGUGUGGCAGCAGAGGCCGAGGUGUUGUCAAAGGAAUGUUGAUGGGGUCUAUAUCGACUUUUCUAGUGCACAAAUCUCCUGUUCCAGUUACUGUCAUUCGACCGCAGAGAAAGAAGAAAGCUACUCUCAAAAAGCCUGUACAUGUAGCGCCUUUGAGUCAAAGUGUUAAAUCAGGUCAAUUGGCUGUAGAUGAACUCAGUAAGCCUUCAAUAAGUCAAGCAGCUUCGAGUAGCAGUAGUAGCGCUGGUGGCGUAUAGCUUGAGAACUUAAUUUGUUAUUGUUAGAGUAAUGUAGAGAUUUUUUCCUUUUUUUUUUUGG